AAGGUUGUAACAAAGUCUUCAUCCUGACUUGUACAGUUGGGCGGAGAGAUUGAGAUGAAUUUAGGUCGUUAGUAACUCAGAAUCUUCUGAUCUGUAAUCAGGUACUGCGUCAGUGUCUCAGCUUGCAGGUUCGGUGACUUCGUUUCUCACUUCCUCCAUGCUGCCCAGCCAUGUCUUUGAUAAGAUUUACCGUAACUUUUGGGUUGGAUUUGUUUAAACCUUGUGCGUUUGGUGGGCAAACUUGGUUAUGGCAUAUAAUCACCCUGGAUGAUUGGAUUUGCAUAGCUCUAUUGGUGGUCUGUGUAUAUCCGGAGAAAGAAUAUUUGUUUGUUCAAUGCGUUUGACAUUGAAUGUUCCAAUCUAUGUCAUGUAAUUCUAGAUUAUGAUUCAUACUUGGCAUUCUAUUGUGCUAUUCUACAAAGAAUGAUCUCUAGAUUGUCGAUUCGUUUAUUGAAUAUAUGCGUGGCUUCGCUUUGCAAAGCCCAGCAAUUAGAGAAAGCUGAAACAGUUAUGGUUGAUGGGUUACGACUGGGUUAUCUCCCAGAUGUUGUAACUUACAACACAUUGAUUGCGGCCUAUUGCCGAUUUGAUGGGGUUGAUGCAGGAUACAGGGUUAUCCAUAAAAUGAGAGAAGCCGGCAUAAGCCCAGAUGUUGUUACUUACAAUUCCUUGAUCGCUGGUGCCAGUAGACAUCGACAACUAUCACGAGCUCUUGAUCUGUUCGAAGAAAUGCUCCAUAGAGGUAUCGCUCCUGACGUGUGGAGUUACAAUACUUUGAUGCAUUGCUUCUUUAAAUCUGGACGGCCAGAGGAAGCUAACAAAAUUUUCCGGGAUAUUAUUUUGGCUAAUCUAUCCCCUUCUUCAACUACAUUUAACACCAUGAUUAACGGCCUCUGCAAGGCAGGAUAUACCACUAAUGCCCUCAGGUUGUUCAGGAACUUACAGCACCAUGGGUUUCUCCCUCAUCUAGUAACAUUUAAUAUACUCAUUGAUGGACUUUGCAAAUCAGGUCGGUUGGGGCAAGCGAGAAGAAUUCUCAAGGAGCUUGGAGAAUCAGGUCACAUCCCUAAUGCCAUAACUUAUACUACUGUCAUGAAAUGUUGCUUUAGAUCUGGAAAAUUUGAACAGGGGUUUGAGAUAUAUUCAGAGAUGAGGAGUAGAGGGUAUACCUUUGAUGCCUUCGCAUAUUGCACUGUAAUCAGUGCAUUGACUAAGAGAGGCAUGAUGAAAGAGGCUAAUGAUUGCAUGUGGGAGAUGGUGAGGAAUGGCUCCGGGUUUGAUAUAGUUUCCUACAACACUCUGAUUAAUCUGCAUUGCAAAGAAGGUAAUUUAGAAACUGCAUUUCAGUUGUUGAAUGAGAUAGAGAAAGGUGGGAUGGAAAGUGAUGAGUAUACCCACACAAUCUUGGUUAAUGGAUUAUGCAAGGCAGGUGACAUUGAUAAGGCUCGGCAGCACUUGAAGCAUAUGAAGAUGAGGGGUUUCCAAUCAGACUCAGUGGCUUACAACUGCUUGAUUCAUGGGUUAUGUGAGGCAGGUCAGGUGGAUUAUGCAAUGAAGGUCUUUGAAAAGAUGGAGCUGAAAGAUUCUUUUGCAUACUCUUCCAUGGUACAUGGUCUUUGCAAAGUAAGAAGGUUUCAUGAAGCAUCCAAGCUCAUCCUGUCCUGCCUAAGAGAAGGAAUGAAAGUACUUCCUGCAGACCGACGGGCUGUUCUUUGCGGGCUUCGUUCUUCAGGACUUAAACAAGAAGCAAGGAAGCUCCGUUCAAAAUUCUGGAUGGCUAGGGCUCUAGCAUGCUGAGAUGAAUAGUCAUUGGUUCAGGGAGAUUGGGGACAGAAUGAUAUAUUCGACCGAAGGACUCUGCCCUUGCUACAUGAAAGCUAUGCUGCAGUUUCUCAUAAAAUUGAUCUCAUCUGAAAAAGGCUUAUACUCAUCUUCUGCAUUAACAACAGUUGAUUUGUGAUAUCUGAUUGAUAUAUGGACGAGUGAGCUUAAUUGACAUGGAACCAG